CAUAGUUAGCUUUUCAUCAGAUGUCAGCUCGGACACAACUCAGCGCCGACGUAAGAGAAACAUUUUGAUCGUAAAAUUAUAAAAAUCGAGUUUCGGAAAGUAUCAGUACAUAUCGAACUCAGUGCGACAUUAACUUCGGUAUCGAAAUCAAACCUACCAUCAUGGGCUUUGAUGUAAACUGCAUUGUGGGCCACGUUGACGAGGAGCUAAUCUGUCCCAUUUGCACAGAUGUCCUGGAGGAGCCGGUCCAAUCCGCGGAAUGCGAACACGCCUUCUGUCGCGCCUGCAUCGAUAAGUGGAUGCUCCAGAAGCAGAUUUGCCCGGUGGACCGCUCCGUCCUACUGUCCUCACACCUGGUGCCCGUUUCGCGCCUCAUGCGCAACAUGCUCGCCAGGCUGAAGAUCAAGUGCACCUUCUCGCAAAGCGGAUGUGCCCAAAUGCUGUCCCUCGAGGAGUUCCGGACCCAUGUGGCCGCCUGCGAGCAUAACCCCAAGGUGGUUGUCGAGUGCAGCAAGGGAUGCGGAAUGAAGGUUCCCAAGGACGAGAUGUCGCGCCACAACUGUGUGUUCGAGCUGCGCGAGCGGGUGGAGCAACUGGUGAAGGAGGUUUCCGAUCUGAAGCAGAAGCAAGAGGACCUGGAGGUGGAGAACUCCAGUCAGCGCCGGGAGCUGGAGCUGUUCCAGUACUAUAUUGCAGCGCUGCGAUCAACCAAUCCCGUGAUGCGCAACAUUGGCGACCAGCUGGACCGCUAUUCGCUGAUGCAGUGGGGCAAUGGUCUGCGACUGGCCACUGUCCACACGUGGGGCAGUCUAAUCUCCACGCCGGACACGCCCAUGCACCACAUGGUGCGCGACGUCCUGCGCGCCAGCGGCUGUCCGAUGCACAUGCUCAAUAUGAUGGUGGACCGCUGCCACGAGGAUCGCUGGCCCGAGGGUCUGAUGACCCUGGACGAUCGCCGCGAGAACCAGCAUCGCAUGAGCGAGUAUGUCACCCGUUUGGUGCCCGGUUUGGUCACCGGGAAACCGUGUGUGGUUGUGCUGGCCGGCGACAACAGCCACAUGCCGGAGAAUCUGCGCCCCAGCCUCGGACUGGUCAUGAUCUUCGUCGACGGUGUGGAUGAGAUGCUACCGGAACAGCUGCCGGACAUUGAUUUUGUCUAAACCAUCACUUGUAUCUCCCACAUCUAAAUUCAUUUUGGUAACACAAUAACACACAAGCGACACUGGAUGCUCGUUUCCCCACGUCCUUUCUUUUGGAAUGGUGGUCAUGUUGCUCCAAAUGUCUUAAAUUACACGAUCAACACGAGUUAAUCGUACGUCAAGCGGCAAUCAAAUGCAACAGUCGUCAGCAUGGAAAUAUAAAAGCGAAGAAAAACUA